UUGCACCGAUGCAAGUGACUGCAUUUACCAUGUGAGACCUUGUCCAGGUUCGUUUGUUUGUUUGACACUUGCUCAGCCAACACCAACCAAGCAGAGAAAGAGUAUUCCUUACCUCGCUCGCCUCGCCUGCCCCUGCCCCGCCCUCCCUGCGCCUUGUAUACCUGUCUGCUAUCCAACAGACCAGCAAUCGACAACAAAAGGGUGCAUCCACCGUAUGCUACACGUCAUACUACACAAACAGACGAACACCCUCCUCCCUCCCUUCCCCGGCAGAUCAGGAUAGUACUGACUCCAAUGGAUGGACCUCUCAAAUCAGUCAAUGAAUAAGUCAAGCGGCCGGCCGGACGGACCCGGCCGACCAAUCAAUCAGGAUGUCCGGCCCCCCCGCCCAUCCCUCUCCUUCCUCUCCCCUCCUUGGCAAGGCCUGCCCUUGCUGGCCACGCCUGCCCUCCUCUCGUCUCUCCCUCUCGCCUCGUCAGCCGCCACCGAGCCCUCCCCAUCAGCAGCAGACAACGAUGCACUCGAGGCCGCCGAGAUCCGCCUCUCAGAGGGAGGCGACUGAGGCUGCGGCGUCCUCUCCACUUCACUCCCAGAUAUCCUCCGCUUGGCCCCACGUGCGCGGGGCCGCAGUGUCCAUCGUCGGGUCAGUCGGGCCACGGUCGAGGUGGACACCUCGCCCACAUAGACGAGCCACCUGGUGGUCUGGUGGAUGGCGAAGUGGAUGAGCCCGAGCCCUGCCGGCAGGUAUGGGCACUGCAUGGGCACCAGGCGCCACUGCACGUCGGGCGUGCGGCGGCAGAUGGGGCACACUGGUGGCUUGGCCUUGCCGACGCAGUCGUGGCAGAGGCACAGGUGCGCAUGGGGGAUGCAGUGGGUGCUGGCGAGCGCCACGGACUUUAUCUCGCUGGAGCAGCCGAUACCUGCGCGAUGGACAGACAGACACCAGCCACAGCCACAGAUACAGAGACGGAGGUGGCUGCAGAGGUGGCGAGGUGGCCUGGGGUGGGGGGGUGGUGGGUGGUGGUGGUCCUUACAGUCUUGUGGCUGUGGCAGCGGGUGUGUGAUGAAGUGCAUGGGCAAAGGCACCAGCUUGGACCACACGAGCAGGGCAAACACGUCGUUGAGGAUGUCCGCCAGGCCCUGCAACAGCGUCAGGCUCACAAUGAAGGGCGAGUACGGCUUGAACAGCCACAGGUCGCGGAACAGGAAAAAGCCCCGCUCGCCUGCAGACAGAGAGGGGAGAGAGGAGAGAGGCAGGUGUCGUGUAUGUGUGUGUGUGUGUGUGUAUGGUGGAGUGGAUGGACUGUCCAUCGCUCCCGCCUACCGAUGAGCACAUGUGAGACGAUGUGGUAGAGCCAGAUGAAAGAGCCGCCCCCCUCCACGUCGAAUGACAGUCUGCGCACACACACACACACAUACGGCAGGCAAUCCAUCAUCCAUCCAUCCAUCCAUCCACUUAUCCAUUGUGGCCGGCCCGGCCCGACUCACUUGACGAGGCAGGCCCGUUUGCAUAGCUCGAAGCCAAUCAGGUUGCACACCACCCGGCCGCCCAGAUAAAGGCACUUGAGCGUCGGGUCUGACGGCGAGACUCCCCGCCAGAAGUGGUCAACUGCCUUGACGUAACUGGCCGCAAUCACGCAGUCCAGCAGACCCCCACCUGCACAGCAAAGGACCAACAACACAGCGAUACCUACCGCGACGAUCCGAUCGCCGUGUGAGAAUGCAAUGCUGUUUGGCUGUCCCAGCCACCGACCGAUGAACAGCGCCAGUCUGCUGAGCAGCAAGUUCUCGAACUUCCUCGACUCCAGCACCCUCCCCACCACCCCCCGCAUACAGCCAGCCGCACCCUUGACAUAACGCCACACACCGCCCCACCAGCCGGCGAGCUGCCUCCCGACGCCCACAACCCACACCGCUGCAGCGAGCAGCGCCAGAAUCAGGAUGACAGGCUUGAAAUCGGGAUGGGAACGCAUUAGCCAGAGGGAGCCGAUGCAGCAGGCGAGUGCGAGGCAGCCACAGAGCACUGUCCAGUACUGUCUGCUGAUGAAUAGUAAUCGGGUUUUGGUGUCAGGAAGAG